GUGAAGCCACGCCCCCGGAGGCGCCUGACGCUGAACAGCAGCCCCUUCUCAUUUCCAGCCCCGCAGAUCUCCAUUUUCUUCUUUCCCCGAUAUUCAGGAGCGGAGAAGUAAAGAUUUGGAAAAAAUGAAUGAAGAAUACGACGUUAUCGUCCUGGGCACCGGGCUGACGGAAUGCAUUCUCUCAGGCAUCAUGUCAGUGAAGGGGAAGAAGGUCCUGCACAUGGACCGCAACGCCUACUACGGAGCUGAGAGUGCCUCCAUCACACCUCUUGAAGAUCUCUACAAACGCUUCAACCUUCCUGGAGCACCUCCUGAGUCGAUGGGAAAAGGCCGUGAUUGGAACGUGGACCUCAUCCCUAAAUUCCUCAUGGCCAAUGGUCAGCUCGUCCGCAUGCUGCUGAUCACACAGGUGACUCGCUACCUGGACUUCAAAGUUGUUGAGGGCAGCUUUGUUUACAAGUUGGGCAAAAUCCAUAAAGUCCCCUCCACUGAGGCUGAGGCUCUGGCUUCUGGUUUGAUGGGGCUGUUUGAGAAACGGCGCUUCAGAAAGUUCCUGGGCUUCAUCGCCAACUUCGACGAGAAAGAUCCCAGAACCAUGGAAGGUGUCGACCCCAAUAAGACGCCAAUGAGGGACAUUUUCAAAAAGUUCAGCCUGGACCAGGAUGUCAUGGACUUCACCGGCCACUCCCUCGCCCUCUACCGCACAGACGAAUACCUGGAUCAGCCCUGCAUUGAGACGAUAAACAGGAUAAAGCUUUACAGCGAGUCUCUGGCCAGAUACGGCAAAAGCCCGUACCUCUACCCACUGUACGGCUUGGGAGAACUGCCACAAGGGUUUGCCAGGCUGAGCGCCAUCUACGGUGGGACGUAUAUGUUGAACAAGCCCAUAGAGGAGAUCGUGGUGGAGAAUGGGAAGGUGGUGGGAGUGAAGUCUGAGGGAGAGAUUGCCAGGUGCAAGCAGCUGAUCUGCGACCCCAGCUACGCCAUGGACCGCGUCACCAAAGUGGGUCAGGUGAUCCGAGCCAUCUGCAUCCUGAGUCACCCCAUCAACAACACCGGCAACGCCAACUCCUGCCAGAUCAUCAUCCCCCAGAAUCAGGUUAAAAGGAAACACGAUAUCUACGUUUGUAUGAUCUCUUUCGCCCACAACGUGGCAGCACAGGGGAAAUAUAUCGCCAUCGUCAGCACCACGGUGGAGACAGAUGACCCUGAGAAGGAAAUCAAGCCAGCCCUGGACCUACUGGAGCCCAUCGAGCAGAAGUUUAUCAGCAUUAGUGACCAGUAUGCACCCACUGACGUCGGCACUGACAGCCAGGUUUUCAUCUCCCGUUCAUACGAUGCCACAACUCAUUUCGAGACCACCUGCGACGACAUCAAGGACAUCUACCGGAGGAUGACGGGCUCCGAAUUUGACUUUGCCGAGAUGGAGCGCAAGAAGCAGGACAUCUUUGGCGACGCCGCAGAGUAGGGCCGACACACGUCCGCCAACACUCCUGAUUAUCGAAGACAACGCUGCCGACAACUGAAAUCUUUAAAAUAGAAAACCUACACAAAAAUGUACACAGCAGUGGGCCCGCUGAUUAUCCAAUAAUAUGGUUUGCCCAUUGAAGAAGUUCAUGAUAUAUAGAGAGAUAUGAUUUAGUUUUGUUGGAUAGGGUUCAGGGGGGGGGGGGCUGUGCUUAUUCACACUCAGAUGGUUGUUGCACUAAACAAUGGUUAUGCCUAACACACAGUAAGACCCCGCAGUCUUCUGCUUCAUCAUGUUAUGAUGACGCAUAGUCCAAAGAUGCCAAAUCAAAUGAUAACUCAUAAUCAACAGUAUUUGACAGUGUGGUUGUGUAUCUGGGGGGUGGGGUGUGUCCAAUUUUUCUCAUUGUAUAAAAGGUGUUUGGAAGGUAUAUAAUAUCCAUACAUCAGUUAUUUAGUCUCUGCAGGUUUUUUUUUGUUGUUUUGUUUUGUUUCAUGUCGUGGUGAGAGUGGUGGCUUGGCUAUGUGUGUUUGAAAUCCAUCAUGUGGGCAACUGAGUGUUUGUCAGGCAUAUUCAGGCCCAGUAAACAUCACAGCAAUAUGUGAGGCAGCACCUCAGACGUCAGAUCUGUGACAUUAAAAUGGUUAAAGAGGUGCGCGGGCUUGAUCUCUUUGUCUUUUUAACCCUUUUUUUUGUCUAAUCUCCAGCACAGCCAAAACAUGUACCGUAAGCCAAGCCACAGAGCGACUGUAGACUGCAGCAUAAACCACCUGAACCCGUCUUCAACAGCUUGAUUUACUAUAACACAUCAGAGGAGGUAUAUUAGUUCCUGUAAUAUGCAAAGUGAUGGAUGACCCGAGCAUUAACAGCAGAUUAAUGGGAAGUGUGGUUGACUGUAAUUGCUUAAGAUGGACCAAAUGUGUACUGCAGCAGUAUUGAACUGAUGAGAGCCCUGUGAUAUCCUCUGUUGUGAACAACUUUAAAAAAAACAAAAAAAAACAUCUUGGACUCAAAUGAUUUCUGUACUGCAAAGUAAAAAAACAACUUUGUCAAAAACUAAA